AUUGAUGCAAAUGAUAAUUGAGCUUAGUGAGGUUGCUAAAGCAUGUUAGGUUGUUAGAUAGACCUCUUAUCUUCUGUGACAAUUUACUGCUUUAAUUUUGAGUGCUGCUUUUAACUUGAUUUGCAGAACUCCAUUGAGAUUAAAGUUCAAGAUUGAUAUUGGAAUAGUGGGAACAAUGCACAUGGGGUGUGGGGGUUCGAAUCCCACUAGGAACCUGGGGUUAUUGGGAGAUUUUGACCGAUCAAAGAGGAUUACUAAACCGCAUGAUUUGUGUAAAGAGCCUUGCUUAGAUGAUUGGAUUUGUAAUCGAUCUCUUUAUUGACUAUGCAAUGAUAUAUUUUUCUGGUUAACACUUAACAGUGAUGAAGAGUAUCUCUAUAGAUGUACAGAUCCAUUAUCAUUUGUUCAAGAUGAGUACACUUGUCUGCUUUAUUCACUUGGAUAUAUGAUGACGUUAAAUGCCCUUUAAAAGAAACUGAGCUCUUAAUGGAAUAUCUAUAUAUCAUUAUAGAAACAGAUACACUGGUCACAAACUGUUGUGUGGUUCACUGUUAUACACAAUAUUUUAAAAAUAUGCAGUACUGAGAUUCACUUCAUUCUUAGAAGUACGUUGCAAUUAGGUAUUAAUUCAUCCAAACUUAUUGUUGGGCGGAGGCCGGUGAAGAGCCAGGUCACGAGUUUGAGUCCCAGCAGUGCUGGGGAUUGUUGGGCGGAGACCGAUGAAGGGCCAAGUCCAGCUCCAGGUGGCUAGGGGGAUUGUGCGCCUUCGCUAUGAGCUAUAAUUUUUGGCGUAGUGGUAAGCGCUUGAUCCUAACACUUAUCAAUACAAACUAGUCAAAGUUGCAUUUAUUCUAAGAAAGAAGUGAUAGUGUCACGAUGUCACGUAAUGAACUGUUGCUGAAUUUUCACAUUUCUGUCAAUAACUUUGUCGUUUAAAUCUUCAAGCAAGCAACUGCUGCUAAAUACUAGUUAAUUUAUCUGUUUAAUUUUUAUUGGUUGUAAGGAAGGAUUUGAAUAGGUUGAUUUUGAUAAGUGCAUCUUAUGGUGUUGCUCCAAUGUAACUAUUUUCCUUUCACAGUGAGGUUAAUACAUUGAAUAACCAUUGAAUGAUUGAUAGUUUGAUACAAUGAUUUGAAGGAGGUUGGAGUUUCUUUUCGUGACAAAUACAGGGAAAUGAGAGUGGGUCCUGCAUCAUUGACAGCUCAACAUGUAGAAACCUAUCUAAAAAUUAUUUUCUCACUGUGAUCUUCUUUCUAUCUCGGUAAAGUGUAAUACAAAAACAAGCUUUCUCUUAGACAGAGGUUUUUGAAGAGAAAAAAUGGCAGAGGCUGCAGUGGAACUCUUGGUAGUGAGCAUCACAUACCUUCUCAGUAGGCCGGGGUUUCUGAUUGGUGGAGUACGGCAAGAAAUCUCCAAGAUCAAACUUGAGCUCGAGAGCAUGAGAUGCUUCAUAAAGGAUGCUGAGAAAUGCAAAAACGAAAUUGAAGGUGUGUGUGUUUGGGCAGUACAAGUGAGGGACAUAGCGUUUGAAGCGGAAGAUGUUAUAGACGAGUUCUUGUAUCAUGUAGAUGGUAUGAAGAAAAGUGGUUUUAAAGCUUUCUUACUCAGGGUGUUAAAGCUUCCAGAGGAACUCUGGAUUACACACAGAACUGCCGUUGAGCUGAAAAAGAUCAAAGGUGAGAUCAAAGACAUUGCGAAAAGAAGUAAGAGGUACGAUCUUAGUCACAUCGUGUCAUCUUCAGAACCAUCGAGUCACUCUCGCAGCCAUGCACAAAACAUCAGUGACUCGGCUUUCUUCAUCGGGAGUGAUGAGAUUGUUGGACUCGAUUCAGAAACAGACGAGUUGCUAACCUGGUUGGAGGGAGAAGAGGAACACCGCAUUGUGAUUUCUGUUGUGGGCAUGGGGGGUUCAGGGAAGACAACUUUAGUUUCGAAAACCUACACCAGCCGUUCCAUCAAGAGGAAUUUCAACUGCUGUGCAUGGGUGUCUGUCUCGAGGCAUUACACGAUAGAGGACUUGCUCAGAAGGAUGGUAACUGAAUUUUUCAAUGGCGAGGAUGAACCGGUCCCCAAAAAAUUGAAUUCCAUGGAUUACAAGCACUUGGUGGAGACGCUUGUCAAAUUCUUGGAGCAAAAGAGGUAUGUUGUAGUUUUGGAUGAUGUAUGGAAUAUCAAUUUUUGGAGACAAGUAAGUGUUGCUCUCCCUGAUGAUAAAAACCGAAGCAGAGUAAUCAUAACAACACGGAAGGAAGACAUAGCAUCUUAUCCCUACGGGGCAGGUUGCCGUGUUUUCCAUUCUCAUCCUCUCUCAAAGAGCGAUGCUUGGGCUCUCUUUUGUAGAAAGGCUUUUUGCAACGAGCAUAAUUGCAACUGUCCUGAAGAGCUAGAAGGCAUAGGUCAUACCUUGGUUGAAAAAUGCGAGGGUUUGCCUCUUGCAAUUGUUGCUCUAGGUGGUCUCAUGGGUUCAAAAGAUCCGUCAGAACGAAAAUGGAGGGAAGUUUAUAAUGCCCUCAGCUGGCAUAUCAGCAACAACCCUUUGCUCGAUGAGGUCAAAACCAUUUUUCUAUUGAGCUUCAAUGACUUGCCUUAUUAUCUCAAGAACUGCUUUUUAUACUGUUGCCUUUUCCCGAUGGGAAGAUGGGUCGGAGCUGGCAGACUAAUGAGAAUGUGGAUGGCCGAAGGGUUUCUUGAAGAAAGAAGGGGUCUAAUACCGGAGGAAGUAGGAAAAAUCUAUCUCAAAGAACUCAUUUCUAGGAGCCUCCUUCAAGUUACAAAGCGCCAUAGUUACUUAAGGCCGAAGAUGUGUAAGCUUCAUGAUCUGAUGUGGGAGCUGGCUCAUUCAUUAUCGGAGCAGGAAAAUUUCUUGUCAAUCUGUGAUCCAGAAAAACUCGAAGGAGAAAUAAGAGCACGCCGCUUGUCUGUGCAUGCCAGUGAUGGAACGUUUCGCAUGGGGGGUGAUAUGAAAAAUGUGAGAUCUUUUUCCGCGUUUGAUGUUAAAGAGACUUUGGGUGAUCUUUUACCGAGAUUCAGACUAUUAAGGGUCCUGGAAUUGCCGGGUGCACAAAUUCAGCAUUUGCCCGAUGUCAUUGGUAAUUUAUUCAAUCUGAGGUACUUGGGUCUGAGUGGAACUCAUAUCAAGGAACUGCCCAAAUCUGUGGGUAGACUCAGGAACUUGUACACCCUCGACAUUAGGAGAACGAACGUGAAGGCACUACCACAGGAAAUCGACAAGUUGUUCUAUUUGAGGCAUUUACUUGUCUAUAAAGAGAUAGAAAAGGAAUGUUUCACAUAUACUAAAGGAAUGCAAGUUCCAGCUACCAUAUGCAAGCUAAAGAAUCUUCAAGUUGUUAACUGCAUUGAAGCAAAUGCUGACAUUAUCAAGGGAAUUGGGAAAAUGAGUCAGCUUGUAAGGAUCGGGCUUACAAAUGUGAGAGAAACAGAUAAGAAGGCUCUGUGUGCCUCAAUCGAAAAACUCAAGUUUCUUCGACAGCUUCUACUAAUGGUUGCUGAAGAGAAUGAAAGUCUCCCAAUCGAUCACCUCUCUUCCACACCAACUAAUUUCCGAAAGCUCACUUUGGUUGGGAAACUAAAAGAUGUCCCCCAUUGGUUCCCUUCACUGCGCAAUAUUAUACAUUUGCAUUUGCAUUGGAGCGGAUUGACAGAGGAUCCUGUACCCUACCUUUGCGAGCUUCAGUGUUUGGAACACCUUACUUUGGUCAAUGCUUAUAGCUCUGGCAAGGAACAACUAUUCUUCAAUUCUGGAUUCCUAAAGCUCGAGGACUUACACCUUGCAGUUUUCCCUGAUUUAGUAGAAAUCGUAUUCUCAAAGGGAGUGAUGCCCAGGCUCGAAUGCCUGAAUAUACAUUCGUGUCCUAAACUGAACAAGGUGCCCCAAGGUAUUGAAUACCUUACCAGCCUUGAAGCACUGGACUUGAAAGGAGUUUCAGGAGAGUUCAUACAACGUAUUGGAGGCGAUGGCAUUGAUCGUCCAAAGAUCAGGCAUAUUCCAUCCAUCAAGUACCGUACUGAGACAGAAUCUUGCCAUUUGUAAUAUCGUGAAUCCUUCUGUUGUUGGAUCAGUGAUUUCAUUCAAGAUCUGCAGACCCCAGAAGCUGGUUAUUUGAUCCUAUUUGCUCCGGCAGCUGUAAAAAUGUCAAUUUUAGUGCACCCAAAAUAAAAGCCUGGUCUGUAUUGAAUGCUCUUAUUCCUAUUGCCUUUCUCAUUGUAAUGCCCUAGUUUUGAGACUCUCGUUCGCAUGUCAUUCGAUGAAGCUAGGAUGUAAUGCAACUGAGGGACUGGUCGUUCUUGAACGCCAGCGAGCUAGCUUGCUUGGACAAUCUCCCGUAAGCCGAACAUCUCAUUUGCAACAUUAGUUUCUGCUUUUUGUUUUAAUGUUACCAAAGUGAAAUUCACUUCCAUAUGUAAUAUGUUCCAUUUGCCCAAGAACUGUUUUGAUCUGUUUUCAUCAUUUGGUUAAGGUGUUGCCAUAUCAUGGAACUAGUUUUUGUAUUGAUUAGUGGGUGCAAUCUCAUUGAUGUC